GAUCUUUUUAUUACGAAAAUGGGCGUGAUAACCUGUACGACGAGAAGGGUAUGAAAGUUUAUGAUCCAAUGGAGAGUGUUCUAACUGAGAUAACCAAUCCUAAUAUGGUUCUUGAAAGAUUAACCCAUCAAAGCACUUGGAGAAAACUAAAACUGCCUGAGAGGAUUGCUGUAGAAAAGAUAGCUAAAGUAAUGCUAAUUAAGUCGGCAAAGAAAGAAUAUAGAAAGUACCGUGACAGGCAACGAGACAGAAUGAUUGAUUGAAAGUGCUCAGGAAAGAGGUCUAGCUUACCCGGCUCGCAAGAGGACUGGGGAUCGAACCGUAUGUGGCUCAAAGAUGAUGGAAAAUGUACAGAGAAACGGAAGAAGUGCCUUACAAAAAAAAAGUCUUCUAUAAGUUCUAGUCCUUCGUCUUCUUU